UACUUUAUAUAUGUAUUUUUUAUUUCAUUAACACCGUUGUUAGAUCUAGGUGACAAUAGGGUCUCACAAGCCCCCCGCUCCUUGUUAUCUAUCUAUCUAUCUGUUGUUAGUACAAAAUUAUUAGACUAUCAAUCAGGAAUAAUAAUUGUUCUAGGAAGCAUGGACCGCGCGAACCGAUGUGCCAAUUAACAUAAUCUCAUUCUUCUCGGUUAAAUUUUUUCGUCUAACACAAUUGUACUAUACAUCUUAGAAUCCGUAAAUAUUAGCAGGGAAAUUAUAAGAAGUGCGAGAUCCGCUGUCUUCCUAUCGCGUAAUGUUGGUACGAAACGAAAACAGCCGAUCUUCCCUCACUAGAUGAUCAACGAUGGACAGUCGAAAUAACAAGAUAACUCGUUGUGGUGCCGCGAAUAACAGUAAAAAUACGACAAAAAACGACGACACCAAUGUCAGGCAAAAAGUAAAGCCCGGAGGCGCCGUCUUUCCUUGCGGAUAAGACCAGUCGGCUGAUCUGAUCGCCGGUUAGUACCUGGUUAACCGUCCUCGAGAAGGCCGACGACUCGAUUUGACGAUUCACGCACGUCCCAGUGUCCUUUUCUUUUUUUUUUUUUUGUUUUUUUCAUUUUUAACUUCCCGUUUUGCGAUUUUGCUCUCUUUCGUUUCCGCGUCACACUGUUCGACGCUGCGUUUUAUCUUUUCGUCAAUUUUACGCUGACAAGUAUGUAUCGCUGGAUGUUUUGAGUGCUAUCAGGAACAUGUCAUCAAGCAAAAUGCACUUUGCAAUCUUCAUUAUUCUCUCUUCUCUCUGCUGCGUGUUAUCAUCUAAAUCCGAGGAACAACAUGAUAAAAACGAAUUCCACGCCAAAAGCCAAGCGUCCAAUUUCGAAGUUAGAAAUUCCGAUAAAGAGAAACAAUUAUUUUCCACAUCAACGGAUGUUUCGAGAGAGAGAGUAAAUAUUUCAUCAGACUACAAUCCGUUAACCUCAGACAUCGAGAAAAGCAAUGCAAAUACUUCGUAUCCUGUCGAUGCAACGCGGUUGAAAUACAAACAGAAGUUGCUCGAGAAAGAGAUACAGAAGGCAGCAAUGGAUCUAUUACAGCCGGGAGAUUUCAACGGAAUCACGUACAUUCUUGCGAAAGAGACGAGUCAGACGAGAGAUGAAAUCCAACAUAAAUUUUUGAAAACUCCGCGUAUUUCGGAAAACUCUGUGGCAGGUAGACUCGUGAGAAGAAAGAAAGAGUAUCAAGAAAAUCAAAAAACAGAAAACGUGCCCGUUAGAACAGAGGAGGAUUCGCUGAAUAAUUCAAGUGUCAAAAGUGCCAUCUCGAAAUUGUUGACCAAUGUGAAAAAUAGCACAUCAAAGAAAAUGAAAUCUUUUCAAGAGCCAAAUAAUGGGGCCGAAACAAAUAAAGAUUCUAACACCGGUAACAUUUUUCCAUCAACAAAAGAACACUUCGCUGAAAAGUCGAACGGGAGUUUGUUCCGAACGACCGAUGCGAUCACGAAAACACAGAGUGCCGACCCGAAAGUUGGAAAUCAAACUCCGGAAAGUCGCGCCGAUCAAGAAAACUGGGAACACAAAGAAGACUAUCUGAUGGAAGCCGCAAAUUACGGAUUACAGGCCAUGCACAAUCUUUAUUACAUCCAGGAACCUAAAUUGUAUUCGAUGGGUCUUUAUCUCGAGAGCGAUAAUCCAGCGAGAUACGUGGCAGCGUUUAACGAGCAAUCGGAAGAAGCGAAAGCUCUCGCGAGAUUCGGCUACGCAACUCUUCAAGGCACCGCCAUGUUUUUGAAUAAAUUUCCCAACGCACCGUUGGAAUUGCCUUUAUCUCGGAACAAGUUUGUCCGGAGAACAACUUCGCUGGAACAACAAUGUCCACGCAGAGAUCCACCACAAUGCCCACCGGCUAGUCUAAGAUACAGGACAUCUGAUGGCAGCUGCAAUAAUCUGCAGCAUCUCUGGUGGGGUUCCGCAAUGUCAACGAUGCAGAGAUUUCUAUCUCCGGAAUACGACGACGGCGUUCAAAGUAUCAGAAGAUCAAUAACAGGAAGGCCACUUCCAAGUGCACGAGAGGUCACUAAUCUGGUACACGAGGACAAAGACGUACCUCUGGCUUCCGUUACUCACAUGCUGAUGCAGUGGGGACAAUUUGUAGAUCAUGAUUUGACAGCAACCGGUCAAAGUAGAGGAUUUAACGGUACUGUGCCACAAUGUUGUUUACAAGGAGGUAUCGGUUUUCAACCACCAGAGUUUAUGCAUCCGGAGUGUCUGCCGAUAGCAGUGAAUCUUCGCGAUAGCUUCUACGGUCCUUUGGGUGUAAGGUGUUUGGAAUUUCUCAGAAGCGGACCGGCUCCUAAAGAGGGUUGUGAAUUUGGCCCUAGGGAGCAAUUGUCUCAGGUGACCAGUUAUCUGGAUGCCUCCAUGGUUUACAGCAGUAAUGCCAUGCAUAGUGACAGUCUGAGAAUUUUCCGAAACGGUUUGCUGCAGUACGGAAGAAUUCAGUCGCGAAAAUCUUCGUUACCGAAACGCGAAUCCGAUUUAUGCAAACGUGGAUCUUUGUCGACGACUUGCUUCCGCGCCGGCGACGGACGUCUCAGUGAGCAGCCUGCUCUUACAUCCUUGCACGUAGUAUUUCUAAGAUUGCACAACAGAAUAGCUACAGAAUUAUCUGAUCUAAAUUCCCACUGGAGCGACGAAAAACUUUUUCAAGAAACCCGAAGAAUCGUCGGCGCAAUAGUUCAACAUAUAACUUAUCGAGAAUUCCUGCCAAUCGUUCUUGGUCCGCAAGUGAUGAAAAUCUUUGACCUGGAAGUUCUUAAAAAGGGCUACUAUGAGGGGUACGACCCAACCGUAAAUCCCACCGUUGCAAAUUCAUUUUCCACGGCGGCUUAUCGAUUCGGCCAUUCGCUAGUCCAGCAAAGUUUUGUCAGAUUUGAUAGCAACCAUAGGCCUAUAUUUAAUAACGUUUCAAUCCACGACGAGUUUAACAACCCCGCAAAUCUAGAAACAGCAGGAUCUAUAGAUCGGCUACUUCUGGGUCUGGUAAAUCAACCGUGUCAAAGGAGAGACGAGUUCAUAUCCGAGGAGAUAACGAAUCAUCUUUUUCAAACAUCCGGUUUUGCAUUCGGCAUGGAUCUGGCCUCUCUCAAUAUCCAGCGCGGCAGAGAUCAUGGUUUGCCACCUUACGUGCGAUGGCGAGAGCCGUGCGGUUUGUCGCCGAUAAGAACUUUUGACGAUCUCGAUAGAGUGAUGUUCCAAAACGCGGCGAGGAAAUUUAGAUCGCUGUACGCGUCCGUGGAGGAUAUCGAUCUCUAUUCGGCCGGUCUCGCGGAGAAGUCGGUAGUUGGCGGUCUGGUCGGUCCAACCUUUGCUUGCAUAAUUGGUCAGCAAUUUAGCAAUCUACGACGCGGCGAUCGAUUCUGGUACGAGAAUCCCGAAAGCGAAAGCAGCUUCACUCUCGGUCAACUGCAGCAGAUCAGACGAGUCACUCUGGCUCAAGUUCUGUGUCGAACAAUGAACAGUAUUGAGACCUUACAACCGUUUGUCUUUCUCACGGCGGACAGAUUAAAGAAUCAACGUUUAUCCUGCGACGAUCCGAUCAUUGGGCAAUUGAAUCUCGAAUAUUGGGCUCAACGGCCAUCAGAAUUCAGAAGCUACGUUGACGAUUCGCAAGAAGACAAACAAACAGCAACCGAAACAAGUGACACUAUUUUUAGAUCGAAAAGAGAAAACGUUAAUUUGAAGAAAAAAGUUCCUAAUCAAGAUCAAGAAACAUUUAUACCUCAGAAGCCUGUGAAGACCAGUAUCAAUCAGAACAACCGAAUCGUUGUGAAAAGACCUUUUGGACGUCCGGACAACAACAACGUCACAAUUGUGGUUAAUAACAACGCCGUGAACUCACCUAUCUUUGUAAACGAAGGUAUUUACGGUUCGCACAUCAAAAUACAACAACAUCCUAAUUCUAAACCGACUUCGAAUUUUAAUGAGGCUCUGAACUUCCCUGCACUUCUUCCGCAACUAAAACCUAUACCGACGACUAUUCCUCAUUUAGCAAAGUAUCCGUACGUUCCUCACGCUUUCGACGAUCCUAAUAAUCCAAAUCCACUCGUUUACGGAUUCAGAUCGCCUGUUUUCACGCAGGAUGACGUUUUCUACGACAACUAUUCCGCCACCAAUCCUAGACCGACUCUUUACACUUAUUACACGAGAUUUCAGCAGAAGUCUACCACUCAAAUGCCCGAUCGCGAGGUUGACGACUAUUUGAUUAAUUACGGAUCUUCGCAUCACGAUUCGCUUCCAACACACGCUUACGAAAGACCUAAGCCUUCGAUGAAUUCUGAACAUCAUUAUCAAUUGAACGAUAAACAAAACCCAGGUUAUGCUAGUCCACCAGCAAGCAUACGACCGAGUUACGAUGGACAGAGACCUUCGACAACCACGAGACCGACUUUCCGACCGGAUUAUAAUUCAAAUGAUGAACUAUAUCACAAAGAAACUUUAGAUUAUAACAGACCUAAACCUUCAUCGAAUGCGCGGCCGUACAAUGAAAUGCAUCAUGCACAAAAUCCGAUUGAUGAAGAAUCUGCGGUCCCAGUAAGUUCACGUCCAGAUCCCAUCAGGCCGAAUCAUCAGCCAUAUGAUACACAAAAAACAGGCAAAAAUCCACACUUGCAAAGUAACAAUUUGAGCAAACCGAAUGCAAGUUACUCUUCUAAUUUGAAUAGACCGCAUCAGAAUCAAUGGAAUUCAAACGGUUAUCAAACAAGACCCGGUGAAAAACCAUAUGAUCACGAUGAUCCUGAUGCAUAUAGAAAAAGACCAAAUGUUAAAUUGACAAUUUAUAAUACUGACAAUUCUCAUGUAACUAACAUACCAAGCAGUGAAUAUAAUUCUCAAGCCUGGAAGGAAUCGCUCGAUUUUAUCAAAGAUUCUGCGCAGACUGGACUUUACGGAUUUGUUCCGAGUUCUGAAACAAACAUCCCACAUCAAGAAUAUACGUCAACUAGCUCGAGUAAUUCAUUCCCCACAGAUUACAAUAAUCACAAUCGGUAUUUUGACAUCACUUCGACUUAUUAUGAAACGACACAAUUAUCUACUCAAAGUACCGUGGAUGUCUCAUCUUAUACACAAGAAAGCGUUAAUAGACCUGUUCAAAACUCUUCACUCUAUCAGACAACAAGUCAUCCGAUUUAUCAUCAGAAAGAUGAUCAACUAUUUUCCAACACCCCAUAUUGGUUAGAAACUUCGACAAAAAAUUCUUACAUACACAGACCAGAGGGAAGCUUUAUUUUCAAACCCACAAAGGUGCAAAGCAUAACGAUCGUCACUGAAACAAUCGAAACUGUUCACCAUCCUGGUCAUUCCGGAUACAUUUCUCAGCCUAAAGUUAGUACCGAGAUUCCAAGGCCAUUGGUGCAGCAGAUGAAGAACAAUUCGCCGGUUACCAAGAGACCUGGACAAUAUUAUUAUGAGAAAAACGUGCUACAUCGGUAUCCGGACGAAAUGAUUGGGCAAAUACCCAAAAUUAAUUAUCAAACGAGCGAGGAGAAGCUUGUUCAGGAGCGAAAAAUAACAUCUGAAAAACUUAAAGUGGAAACAUCAGAUUCAGCAUGGAAUUCCACUUUGAUUACGAAUAACGGAGAAAAUAAAUUACUGACGAUACCUACGCUUACGAUCCAUGAUAAUAAUGCCACAAGUGAGGCAGUAAACGAACGAGCUUUUUCGACGGACAUUGAAAGUCUUGCACCAGCUGACGUACUUGACAGAACAAAUUAUUGGGUGAAUUCGCAAGAGGAUCUGAAUUUACCGUCUGAGUUGGAAAUGCCCGGAAUUCCAUCCGAUGAAUUCACGAGUGCCAAGGAAUUACCUAAGCCCAUUACAUCAAAGAGUCACGCUACUUAAAGAGAGUUUUACAUUUCUUCAUUCUCAAUAUUUUCGAAUUUAGAAUAAAAUUAUUAGAAAGAAGUUUUAAAACGCUUUUUUUAUCUACUUGUUUUAUCGAACAUUGCCGCACUACUUUGACUAUAGUUUUAAGAAAGUGUGUGAAAAUGUUACAUCGUAUUUAAUAAUAUUUUAGAUUUCAAUUUUCUUAUCAUUUUAAGAUAAAAUCUUACUGAAAAAAUGGUUCAAACACAGAAACAUAUUGAAAUGAGGGAAAAAAUGUACUUAAUGAUUAUAAAAAUAUAGUUAGUGAUUAGUUUCUUGAAAUUAACGUAUCAUUUUUGAGAUAUAUUAUAUACAUAUAUUUUUUUCGCUAUAUUUCAAUUAUCUUCUUUAUUUUUUUUCUUUUUUAGUUAUCAAUUAUAUAACGACUACAAUAAUAUAACAUCUCUCUUUAUCAUUAAUAUUAAAAAAGUAAGCGUUUAAACGUAAACACGGUUAAACUGUAUUUUAAAAAUGUUCAAAACGUGUAUAUCAUACAUUCGUAAGUGUAUUUGAAUAUCAAAUAAUUGAGAAAUAUAAUACGCGUAAUGUAAAUGUGAUGUAAUUAUGAUGUUAACUGACAAUAAAGCGAGUAUAUUAAUUUA